AUACUUAAUUAUCCCGCCUUCCAGGUCCCAUCAGCGGGGCCCUAAAGGCCCAAUCGACGUUUGUGGGAGGCGGUCGUGUCAAACGCGAGGGAGGAGAAACCCUGACCUUCUGGUGAACGCCCCUCGGGCGGGAAGUAAGGAAGCCGAGUCAUGGCUGCGUUGAGAGUCGCUCGGGUGAUACGAACCACUGCUACAAGUGGUUGGAGAGCACAGUCUAGUCAAGCUACUGCAGCAGCAUCAAAAAGCAAAUCUGCAGCUGGAUUUAGCUUUGAACUGACUGAAGAACAGAAAGAAUUUCAGACUACAGCUCGUAAAUUUGCUAGAGAGGAAAUCAUACCUGUUGCUGCUCAUUAUGACAGAACUGGAGAGUAUCCUGUUCCCCUCAUAAAAAGGGCAUGGGAGCUUGGCUUAAUAAAUUCCCAUAUACCAGAGAGCUGUGGUGGCCUUGGCCUUGGCAUCUUUGAUGCUUGCCUUAUUACUGAAGAAUUAGCUUAUGGGUGCACAGGGGUUCAAACUGCUAUUGAAGCAAAUUCCUUGGGUCAAAUGCCAGUCAUCAUUGCAGGAAAUGAGCAACAGCAGAAGAAAUAUCUGGGGAGAAUGACUGAGGAACCCAUGAUGUGUGCCUACUGUGUAACUGAGCCUGGAGCAGGCUCUGAUGUAGCAGGUUUGAAAACAAAAGCUGAAAAAAAAGGAGAUGAAUAUAUAAUUAAUGGUCAAAAAAUGUGGAUCACCAAUGGUGGCAAAGCUAACUGGUACUUUUUAUUAGCUCGUACCAGUCCUGAUCCUAAGGCUCCUACAAGCAAGGCUUUUACUGGAUUUAUUGUGGAAGCAGACAGCCCAGGAGUUCAAAUUGGAAGAAAGGAACUUAAUAUGGGUCAACGGUGCUCAGAUACAAGAGGGAUUGUUUUUGAGGAUGUGAGAGUGCCUAAAGAGAAUGUACUAAUUGGUGAAGGAGCUGGCUUCAAAAUUGCCAUGGGAGCAUUUGAUAAAACCAGGCCUCCAGUAGCAGCUGGUGCUGUGGGACUAGCACAGAGAGCUUUAGAUGAAGCUACAAAAUAUGCUAUGGAACGAAAAACCUUUGGAAAGUUAAUUGCAGAGCACCAAGUAGUGUCCUUCAUGCUGGCUGAAAUGGCAAUGAAAGUGGAGCUUGCUCGCCUGGCUUACCAAAGGGCUGCAUGGGAGGUGGAUGCUGGCCGUAGAAAUACCUAUUAUGCAUCUAUAGCAAAGGGAUAUGCUGGAGACAUUGCAAAUCAAGUCGCUUCUGAUGCUGUCCAGAUCUUUGGAGGAAAUGGAUUCAAUAGUGAAUAUCCAGUAGAAAAGCUAAUGAGAGAUGCCAAAAUAUAUCAGAUAUAUGAAGGAACUGCUCAGAUUCAAAGGCUGAUUAUAGCUCGUGAACAUAUUGGCAAGUUUAAAGAAUGAGAGAAUAUUGAAUGAUAUCGGCAUCAUUAAAACAUCAAAGGGUUUUAGUUCCUAGCAUGCAUUAAGCCAAAUCCACGAAUGAUUGUAUCUUUUUAGCUAUGCCACUUUUGAUAUUGAAAGAGGAAGUUAUGUAGAAGCUGUAAAAAAGACAGCAAGACCUUAGAAGCAGUAGGGAUUUUUUUCUUGCUGCAUGUUUAUAUAUAUAUCUUCAAUGUAUGAAAUAAAACUGGUAAUUUAAUUCUUGGAAUCGGUACUUGAAAAUAUCCUGAAAUAUGGAAUCAAAAUCUAAGACUUAAUUUCUGCCUAAGGAUUAAUUCUGUCCACCAAGUCCGCCCCCCUCUCACUGGCAAACAUUUUACAAUUGCCUGGGUUUUGAGAACUGAACAUUCAUAUGUAUAUGAUUAAGAGUGAUGUCAGUGUAAAUAGUUUAGGGUCCCAGCUCCACCUCCUGGAAAGCAUAUAAUUUGGAACAUUUCUACUAAUACCGCCAAAAACCAGUUUCCAUUUGCGGCGCAAAAGCCGCGGGACUUUGCGGCUCUUCUGGGUGCUCCGCAGCAAUUGGUGCGAAAUCCGCGCAGAUCCUGCGCGGUGAAGAGGGACGUCGCUGCCGAUUAAGGUCAGUGCGACAGGAGAAUUUUGCACCAUUAUAUCAUAUGGCUGUCACUGAUUCUUCUCAGUGUAUGGCAGUAUAGAUAUAUGCUAAUAUUAUGUCUAGUUUUAGCAUUCUCAGUAUUAUGCAUCAUAUAUGCUGAUUAUACACAGUCAGAUCAUCUUUACUGCCACUCUGAUGUAUAAAUUCUCCAUCCUACAGCUCUUUAAAAAUUGCAGGAAGAUUUUACAGCAUAUAAAGGAUAAUGUGAAAUUUACUUUUCUGAUAAACCCCACCUCUUUCUACUUGAUACCAUUAACCAUCUGAAUCCAUGUUUGUAUGAUAAACCAACUUUUUGCUUGAUUAUAUUAAGAAAUUACAACUUUCCAGAAACAAAGAUCUUCAUUUAAUUACCCCAUUAAUAUAUGCAAUGUAAUCUAGUCUUGUGAUUAUUGGUGGUUUUGCAAAGAACUUUUGUAUGUUAUGAAUUAGACCUCUGACUCUAGUUUGGAAGUUUUUUAUUAGAAGAGCAUAUCUGUUAAAUGUUACUGUGCCUUUGCAUUUUAUUUUAGUAAUCUUAUUAAAUUGAUGGUUUACUGCAUUCAGAUUUGAUGCAUACUGCAAUACAAUGCAAGAUUUUUUCCAAUGUUAAGAAUACUGAAACUAGUUUGGUUAGCUAUAGUCAAAAUUAAAAUAAACUUGAAACUAGAAUAUUUAA